UUAAUAAAAUAAUGGGCUCACCUCAUGAAUCACUCUCCACAUUCAAUAAUAAUUCUUCGUAAUGUGAUAUUAUUAUUUCUCUUUUCAAGUGCAUGGUUAUUUACACUUAUUCUUCCAUACAGCGGAAUAAACUUAUUUAACUCUUGGGUUACCUAUUUAUUAUAAAAACUACUAAAGUACCCACUUAUGUAUAUACUGUGCGUAUUUACUGUAUGUAUAAAUACGAAAAUUACAAACACUUUCCCUUGAUAAGUAAUAGUAACAUUUAUAUUAUAGUUACCUGUGAUUUAUUUUUUAGCUAAUACUAUGAGUAUUUUAGUUUUCAAUUUAUAAGUAUUAGUUGAUGCUUUUGUUUUACCCCUCUCUCAUACAAUGCUUCAUAAGAAUAUCCGAUACUUAUUUUUCAUGAUGUUGGCAGAGAGCGUCACUUGCGUGGCGUGCGCCUGAUGUGGAACAAGGGUGAGCCGCUGCCGCUGAAGACUGUGUGGAACCCCUUCAGCCAAGAUGUGCCUUUCAUCACAUUCGCCUCGCAUCCCAUCUUCUGGCAUAAAGAGGGCACAGCAGAAGAGAAAUCUACCUACGACAUGGAGACGUUUGCUGUAAAGCUGCAAAGGGCCAUAGAGCACAUGCCGUCGUCCGCGUGCUGCAUACACCACUCGCCCAUCGUCAUCCAGAGCUACGUCGGCGUGACGUCACUGCUACACAACAAGGCCGGCAUGGGCUUCUUCAAGGUCAGAGGGAAGUUCAGCUUCUAGAUGUACCUAUGUAUGGUAUAAGGAAUUACUUGAAAACUGGACCUGUAUUAUGAAUUCUUAACGGAGAUUAGUUAUCGUUAGAUAGACCAAAGGCUGGAACUUUGUUAUGUAUACAAACUGAUUAGGUGAAGUAUCUCGAUGGAAUUGCGGUUAUUUUCAUAGAUGUCACUAUUUUGGAGUUUUGAUGUUCGUGAAAUCUGUGUUGCUAUUUGUCGGCGUGUAAAUUACUAUGUGGAUUUCAGCUUGCGUUUGCCUUCAACUCUUGGUGGUGUAUUGAUAUUUAUGUACCGU